UUUUCUUUUCAAGCUAACCCUAACUUCCUUCUCAAGAAAAGUCUAGAGAAAAUGAAGUCCGGUCAAGCUGACAUCGUGGAAACUAGCAAAGGUAUUCAAAAGAGCGGACUGAUGAGCAGAAGGAUUGCCAUUCUUGAGUUUAUCCUCAGGAUCGUUGCAUGCUUUAACACUAUGGGUAGUGCAAUCCUCAUGGGAACCACACAUGAAACUCUGCCUUUCUUUACUCAAUUCAUACGGUUCCAAGCCGAAUACAGCGAUCUCCCAGCCUUAACGUUCUUUGUGGUAGCAAAUGCUGUUGUUAGCGGUUACCUUAUCUUGUCUCUAACUUUGGCCUUUGUACACAUUGUCAAGAGCAAGACUCAGAAUAGUAGAAUUCUUCUUAUCGUCCUUGAUGUGGUAAUGUUGGGUCUUCUAGCUGCUGGAGCUUCCUCAGCAGCUGCCAUUGUCUACUUGGCACACAAUGGGAACAAUAAAACAAACUGGUUUGCUAUUUGUCAACAGUUCAACUCCUUCUGUGAGCGUAUCUCCGGGUCUUUGAUUGGAUCUUUCAUUGCCGUUUUCAUCCUCAUUCUUCUUAUUCUCCUAUCAGCUAUUGCUCUUUCCCGACGCAACUGAAGAUCUGGUCUUAACCAUUUAUAUACAAGUUUUCCUUCUCCCUGCUUUAAGAAAUUCAUGGUUUGGUGUGUAAAAAUGUUAACUUGAGCUUUCAGUCGUGUUUCUUCAGCAUCUGUGGUUUUUCUUUCUUAUCUCCAUUGAUAUUUUUCUGUGUGAUUUAUGUAACGGGUUACUCUGUCAAAAAGUUGUGCUUUAAUGGUCAGUUACCACAGUAUCUUAUA